UCUGCCCAUUCAUUGAAGAUAGCACCCUCUGAAAGAGAUGUGGUAACAUACCCUUUGUUCUUCGAAACAAUUCCCUUAUAGGUUUGUUUCACGCUCUGCAAAGGCUAUACAGAUGUAAGACGGUUGAGAAUAAUACAGAGUAUUUAUAAUUCUGCGGUCGAUCUUAAGCUGUACGUUCUAUCGGAGUGACUAACAUAUCAUACUCGUCUUAAUUUUGCAAUACUUACUUCAUCUUCUUGAGCCUCUAAAUCACUUAUAACCCAUUGUUUAGGUUUCAUAUAAGCAGGGAAAAAAUAUGACAAGCACUAGUUUCGACAGUGUCAACUGUGCCAUCGGCGCUAAUGCUUUAAAAUCCACGAUCUCAGACUUCGGCUUGAUACGUGAACCCACGGUUUGGGAGCCCAAAGACACGGCUUUCAUAGACCCCUAUCUCGUCUAUGCAAGCAUGAAACCCAGUUUGCAUUUCUCUCCUCCUACUAUUCCGGGAUGGGCCUCCUACAAGAUCACAUUACCACGACCAGGAUCUUCGCAAAAACCAAAGCUUCUCAACGGGUACGCUGUAUCCCCCUUGCAUAACGCAUACGUGACAUUCUGCGUACAGCUAACCAGCCCAGACGUGAGCAAGCGUUAUACACCCAUGCGAUACAGGGACAUGAUAGUAGAUAACUACAUCUCAGCCUGCAUCGCCUCUUCCACCGCACCCCUCUCAGAGCUUCGCUGGCUCGGCAUAGCCAACAUUCUCAAUCCGGCUUCACGAGCCACCUUCGAGCGCAUAUUUCAACUCACAGGACGCAACAUUCUCUCUCGCGGUGUCGUGGAGAUUUCUCCAACCAUCGAGCUCAAGGGUGACUUCCCCAAACACAAGGAAUUCCACAAAUUGCUCCUCGCGGACCCCUUUACACGCGGCGUGAUUGCUUUGCUUCACCAGCAUGCAGAGGCCCUGGGUCGAGCGUCUGUGAAGCGGUUCAUUUUCGUCAGCGAGGGCUUUGAGGCUGGCGAGUUUCCGCGGCGUCCAUCACCUCUCGAGCUCCGGCUCAAUCUCAUCGUUGAGCUUACACGGUCCGAUGAUUCCGUGGCCGGCCUGUGGAGCGAUGCAUCGCGGUACUCGCUUUAG